CUGUGCGUACUUUGAUUUUUAAAUCAAAACGUCUCUUUAAAAAUGAUAACAUUUAAAACAAAAAAUAAGAAUAAAUAACUAAAAUAAAUACAAUUUCAAUUAUAUUUUUGAUUAAUGUAAAAAUGAUUCUUUACCAGACUUAAAAACGUAUCCUGACAUGUGGCGGUGUAUAUAAAUGUGUCCAUCAGAUGGCGCAGUUGCUUUUUGGCUCUCUCUUCAGAGCUGGGUGGAGUUGCGGGCUAUGGGCUGGUUUAUGGGAUGGAUGUGAACUUUUUCUCGAGUGAAACUGUUCCCUGACUCCGUCUCAAACUUCACACAAACUUUUUUACACACACCUAAACACACUGACACACAGACACACACACACACUCUUGGAGUGUGUAAAACGCAGGAGCUUCGUAAUCUGCUUUCUGCUCAUAUCACCACUGUGAUGAAGAAGAAGAUGAAGAUAAUGAUCUUCAUGGUGACAGCUUUGGUGUUGUGGAACCCUGCGAGUUCCCUGCAGUUCCCAGAGUUCCCAGAUGUUUGCACAGAGGGCAGCUGUUACCCGGCCACAGGUGACCUGCUAAUCGGCCGAGCUCACAAACUGAGCGCCACCUCCACCUGUGGACUGGACCAACCGGAGAGGUUCUGCAUCGUAGGACACCUGGAAGAGAACACCAAAUGUUUCACGUGCGACUCCAGGGAGGACACAAACCCUCUCAGUCACACCAUCAAGGACGUGGUCACGACCUUCGCACACAACCGUCUGAAAACCUGGUGGCAGUCGGAGAACGGUGUGGAGAACGUCACCAUCCAGCUGGACCUGGAGGCAGAGUUUCACUUCACACAUGUCAUCAUGACCUUCAAGACCUUUCGUCCAGCCGCCAUGGUCAUCGAACGCUCCAUGGACUACGGUAAGACCUGGCAGGUGUAUCGUUACUUCGCCUACGACUGUAAAUCCUCGUUCCCCGGCGUGUCCCAGGGGCCCGUGGUCAAAGUGGACGACAUCAUCUGCGACACGCGUUACUCAGACAUCGAACCGUCCACAGAAGGAGAGGUGAUCUUACGUGUCCUGGAUCCCGUCUUCAAGAUCGAGGACCCCUACAGCGUGAGGAUUCAGAACAUGCUGAAGAUCACUAACCUGCGUGUGAACUUCAUGAAGAUCCACACCCUGGGUGACAACAUGCUGGACUCCCGUGACGAGGUGAAGGACAAAUACUACUACGCCCUCUACGACAUGGUCGUGCGUGGGAACUGUUUCUGCUACGGACACGCCUCCGAGUGUGCCCCGAUCUACGGAGCGCCUACUGGAGCUGAGGGCAUGGUCCACGGCCGCUGCGUGUGUAACCACAACACUGAGGGACUGAACUGUGAACGCUGUCAGGACUUCUACCACGAUCAGCCCUGGAAGCCAGCAGAAGGACGGAACACCAACGCCUGCAAGAAGUGCGACUGUAACCAUCACUCCUACUCCUGUCACUUUGACAUGGCCGUGUACAUGACCACAGGAAACAGCAGCGGUGGAGUCUGUGACGACUGUCAGCACAACACCGUCGGUCGACGGUGCGAACAGUGCGCUCCCUUCUUUUACCAGCACCCGGAGAGGUCCCUGAGGGACCCCCACAUCUGUGAACCCUGUAGCUGUGACCCAGACGGGUCAUUACAAGGUGGAAUGUGUGACUCCAGAACUGACCUUUCUGCCGGGCUGAUCUCAGGCCAGUGCCGCUGUAAGGCCUACGUGGAGGGCGAGCGCUGCGACCACUGCAGGCCAGGUCACUACGGCCUGGGUCAGAGUCCACAGGGCUGCCUACCGUGUACCUGUAACCCACUGGGAACUGUGCCUGGAGGAAACUCCUGUGAUUCACACUCAGGAAAGUGUUUCUGCAAACGUCUGGUGGAAGGACACAACUGUGAUCAGUGUCUGCCGCAGCACUGGGGUCUGUCCAAUGACAUGGACGGCUGCAGACCAUGUGACUGUGACCAGGGGGGGGCUGUGGACAAUAACUGUGACUCCCACUCAGGACAGUGUGUGUGCAGACCACACAUGUUUGGACGGCGCUGUGAUCAGGUGGAAUCGGGAUUCUACGUCAUCGCCCUGGACCACUACACCUACGAGGCUGAGGACGCCAAGCACGGACCUGGUGUGACUGUGGUACAAAGACCUUAUCCUCAGGACCGUAGUCCAACCUGGACAGGUAUGGGCUUCGUUAACGUCCCUGAAGGAGCGCAUUUGGAGUUCACUGUCGACAACGUCCCGGAAUCCAUGGACUACGACAUCCUGAUCAGAUAUGAACCUCAGCUGCCAGAGCAGUGGGAGGAGGUCCAAAUCAGGGUCCUGGGACCACUCCACAGUCCUCCACAGUCCCCCAGUUACUGCCUCAGCUCCUUCCAGGACGGGGGCGAACAGUCCAUCUCUCUUCCACCUGGAUCCAGACACGUUCUGCUGGUGAGUCCGGUGUGUUUCGAGAAGGGCCAGAACUACACCAUCCGCCUGAGUCUGCCCCUGUACUCCUCAGUCAGUGACAUGCAGAGUCCGUACACACUCAUCGACUCUCUGGUGCUCAUUCCUCGGGUCAGGGAGCUCGAUAUGUUCCAUGGAGGGGAGGGAGACGGAGCGUGGGAUACCUUCCAGCGGUACCGAUGUCUGGAGAGCAGCCAAAGCGUAGUAAAGAGUCCCAUGACGGAUAUUUGUAACGACUACAUCGUCAGCGUCUCGGCUCUGCUGCACGACGGAGCCAUGGCAUGCCAGUGUGACCCCCAGGGGUCCCUCAGUGCCCUGUGUCAUCCCAGCGGGGGUCAGUGUCGGUGUCGACCCAACGUCAUGGGCAGAAACUGUGACCACUGCGCUCCGGCCACCUUCCUGUUCGGCCCUGCGGGCUGCAUCCCCUGCGCCUGUGACCCCCAGGGGUCGGUGGGGGCGCUCUGUCACCAGCUAACUGGUCAGUGUCACUGUGUCCCCGGGGCCACGGGUCGUCAGUGUUCCCACUGCCUGCCAGGAUUCUGGGGUUUCCCAAUCUGCCGUCCGUGUCAUUGCAAUGGACACAGCGACUACUGCCACCCACUGACCGGGGAGUGUCAGAGCUGCAGGGAGUUCACCACCGGACAUCACUGUGAGAGGUGUUUGGACGGUUACCAUGGCAACCCAGAGCUGGGCUCCGGGAGCCACUGUCGCCCCUGCAUGUGCCCCGAUGGGCCCCGCAGUGGACGUCAGUUUGCCGACAGCUGUUACCUUCUGUCAUACACUAACCAGAUGGUGUGUGUGUGCAGCCCUGGAUACAAAGGUGUCAGAUGUGAUGAAUGUGCACCCGGUUACUUCGGUAACCCCCUGGUGGUUGGUGGGAGAUGCACACCCUGUCAGUGUAACAACAACAUCGACAUGCAGGACCCCGGCUCCUGCGACUCCCGGACCGGUGCCUGCCUCAGGUGUCUGCACCACACGGACGGCUACAACUGCCAACACUGCAAAGUGGGUUACCACGGCGACGCAGGCUCGCAGAGCUGCAGGAAGUGCAUGUGCGACACUGCAGGAACUGCUCCUCAGGCCUGUUCGUCUCCUGACGGCUGCCAGUGCGACCAGCUGACGGGUCAGUGUCCGUGUCUGCCCCAUGUGGAGGGUGAGAGGUGUGACAGGUGUUCAGCCAACACCUGGAACAUCAGCAGCGGGUCUGGGUGUCAACAGUGCGACUGUGACCCUCUCCAUUCUCUCAGCUCCUCCUGUAACGAGGUGACGGGACAGUGUUCCUGCAAACCUGGGUUUGGUGGCAGGACGUGUCGAGAGUGCAGAGAACUUUUCUGGGGAGAUCCUGAGGUCAAAUGUCACGCCUGCGACUGCGAUCCUCGUGGGAUCUCCAGCCCCCAGUGUCACCGGGCCACGGGUCAGUGCUCCUGUCUGGACGGUGUUUCCGGUCCCCGCUGCGACCAAUGCGCCCGCGGACACCAGGGCGAGUUCCCCCACUGUGAACCCUGCCACAGCUGCUUCGCCAACUGGGACCUGGUGGUGCAGGAGCUGAAGAACCAGACGCAGCGGCUGGAGGCCCAGGUGACGGAGCUGCAGAGCACCGGCCUGACGGCGCCGUACAAGGAGCUGAUCGCCAGCCUGGAGAACAACUCCAAAGCCGUGAGGGACGUCCUGGAGAGCAACCCUGCGGCUGUCAAGUUAGAGACGAUCCAGGAGCUCAUGAAUCAGAUCCUCGGUGUGACGUCCUACCUGAGUUCGGAGCUGAACUCCACAGAGGAGACGCUGCACCUCCUCCACAAUGACGCUAACGCUACAGACUUCAGCCUGGAGGAGCUGCGGGAGCAAGCGAAGCUGCUGGAGCUGAGUGUAGAGGAGUUGAUAGGACAGGUGGACGACGCCAAGAACGCCAACAUCCAGGGAGCUCUGGACACCAUCAGUGAGGCCUACUCUGUGUCCACCACGUCUGAGUUCAGGGCCAACCUGUCCACCAGCAGCCCAGGAAACACGGUGGAGCAGUCGGCGUCAGUGCGGGCGUCCACGGAGGACAAACUUCAAAGCAGCCAGAAGGAGUUUGACAGGAAGGAGCAGAGGAACUCCCAGAAGCUGGACAAACUGUCCACUGAUCUGGACCAGUUGGAACUGAAGUCCCUCAGUGAGAAGACGUGCGGAGGAGAAGCCGCUGAAGGAGACUCCUGCUCCUCCUGUGGAGGUCUGGGUUGUGUAGAUGAGGAUGGAGCUCCUAAGUGUGGAGGUGAAAACUGUGGAGGUCUGGUCUCCUCCUCCCAGGCUGCUCUGACGUCAGCCAAAGAUCUGGACCAGGAGAUCAAAGCAGCUGUGCAGGAGGUGGACAAGCUGUCCAGGCUGGUGUGGGAUGCUAACGUUCGUGCUAACGAAGCCAAAGCUAACGCCAUGGAGGUUCUGAUCAGAUCCAACCAGAGCAAGGAGAGGGUGGAGCAGAACAACGAGCAGCUGCGUCACCUCAUCAAGGAGAUACGAGAACUUCUCACCAACGAGAAGGCUGACGUGGGUGUCAUCGAGAGAGUGGCCAAUGAGGUGCUGGCUCUGGAGAUGCCCGCCUCUGCAGACAAGCUCCAGGAGCUGACGCAGGAGAUCAGGGAGAAGGUGGGAACGCUGACCAGUGUGGAGAACAUCCUGAAUCAAAGCGCUGAGGACAUUCAAACGGCAGAGGAGCUGCUGAAGGAGGCUAAAGAUGCUAGUGAACAAGCGUCACAGGUGACGGAAGUAACGGAGUCGGUGAAGGCGGCUCUAGAGGAGACGGCACGAGCUCACGGCGUCGCAGCAGAAACGAUCCAGCUGGUCCAGAACAACACCAGAGGAACGGUGGACCUGCUGCAGUCUGUUGAGUCACAAACCGCUCAGUCGGAGCUGAAGCUCGGAAACGCCACGGGUCGUCUGGUUCAGCUGGAGAGAGAGGCCGGUCUGCUGAGACAGAACCAUCUGGAAGUGACCGGACUGGCAGAGACGGCCAACCUGGUCGCUGACCAGGCCACUGUGGAUGCGGAGACGGCCCAGAAGGAGUUUGAGGUGGAUGUGAAGGAGAAGCUUGAGGAGGUGGAGGAUCUGGUGGAGGAUAAGGGAGAGUCAGUGCUGCAGGCCAGGAGGAGAGCAGAGGAGCUGCAGCGGGAGGCCAGAGAGCUGCUGGACCAGAGCAGCAGUAAACUCCAGAGACUGGGAGAGUGGGAGACUGAAUAUGAAGAGAACCAGCACCUCCUAGAGGCCAAAGCUGCAGAGCUGAGCCAACUUGAAGAAACAGCUCGACGCAUCCUGGAAGAGAUCAGCCACAAAGUGACUCUAUACAGCACCUGUCUGUGAUCAUGUGACCCCGCCCAGGUCACAUGACCAAGACCAAAACGUUUUUAAGGAGCCUGAAAGGAACAAUUCAGUUCUUAAAAGGCAUUUAAUGCUGAGUUCCUCACAGCUGCCGUUGCUCCGUUCUAGUUCUAAAGAAUAAUUCGACUCCUCUCCACCACAGACACCACGUAUCAGAUAAACCUCUCACUGCAUAAACAUAACUCCAUUCAGGAAAUCAGCUAAUUUAGCUCAGAGGGAAAUUAUAUAUAACCUUUUUGUCAACUGCAGCCUUUUUUUGGUUCAACCAACUGAGGGAUUUCAAACAGGAAAAUAACAAAAUGACAUCUGAACCUUUGGUCAGUUAGAAAUGGAACAAAACAACUGCUGUGAGCUGUGGGAUAAAAUCAGUAUAAACCUCUAUGGACUUUGGUGUGAAGGAUCAGGUUCAUGAAGCUGCAUCUCCACGUUACAAAAACUCAUACAAUCUAUAUUUAUUAUAUAUUUUUAUCUUUAACCUCAAGUUAAUACAUUGUGAACAACUAGUGCUGCUAUACCAGAGUCUAUAGAGAAAGUUUCUGAUUUUACACUGUAGCACAUGGAGGAUUUACACCCAGUUCUGGCUUCAUCACUAUUCAGUAUUUGUUACUUUGGUAUCGAAAUGUAUAAAAUGCUUCAGUGAGGUUUACGUAAAUGACAUAAACUGACCACACGAGGCAGCAGUUGACUGGAAGCGUGUGUUUCCUUGGAGCCAAAAAGUAGCAAUUUUUUUGAAUGGACUUUGGUCUGAGUGGUGAUAGGCAGCGUUUUUCUGUAAGUAUGAGAUCAAUGUUUUCUGACAAUAUUUUUGUCACAAAGGCCAAAGAUUUUUUUACACAAAUGAAUUCAGAGGGGAAUGAAGUUACCACUGAGAAUUAAAGUAUUAAAAAUCUGCAUCAAAAACAAACAAACACUGAAAGCCAAAGUGACCUCUGUGCUCGUAAACAUUUAGCAACAUAAGCUAUGACAAUCUGUGUUUUAACUAAAUCAUUGACAGAAUAUAUUUGAUAGAAAUAUUCAAUUUUUAUAUAAAUCUUAUAAACCAAAGUAAUGUAACGCUGACUAAAAACCAAAAAUGUACGAUUAAUAAAUUUUAUUGGCUCAAAAACAGUUUGUCUGUUUUUCUUUUUGUUUAGUUAAAAAUAAACACGCAUCAGUUUUAAUCUAAAUACUUUUGAAUAAAUUAAAAAUUUGAAAACAUUUUAGUCUUGAUUCCUGGCGCCUUAUUGGACAACACAUCUGGUUUGGAAUAUGUUAAACGCCUCGAAUCUUCUGAUUCCCAGAUAAAUUAACAUACGGAACAAAAUUGACAUUUGAAUCAAAAACACACUGUAACUGGAAUAGUAGAAUAUUUAAUUCUCUGUUAAAAUAGUUGAUCUGAGAAACAUUUCUUCUGGUAAAAGUUGUUACAGUAAAAAAAAAAAGUUCACAAGUCGCAAUGUCAGUGGUUUACUGGAAACUGAAAAUGUGAACGC